AUUAGCGCAUGCGCAUACUAUCCGACUCCGCCAUUUUGCUAGUCGGGUUCUCUUGUGCGAAGACAAAUUUCUACGACAUUUGGAAUUUUCAUUUAAGGUUGGCGAUAAUUUGACGUCAGACGUAUAGACGAAGACGGGAACUCUUGGAACAGAAAAGGGUGAACAUGUCUGAGUACGAUAACAACCCGUUUGCUGACCCUGAAGCGGCGGCUAACCCGUGGCAGGACCCCUCUGUUCAACAAGCCACUACUGGCCAACGAGGUCUAGAGGAAUUUAAUCCAUUUGCAGAGAAACCUAUUCCGCCACCACCUACCCACCCGACAUCAGGUGUUAAAACGACGCCAGUUGUACCUCCUCCAAGAAGGCCUGAUCCAUCACCUGCUGUCAUGAGGCCUACUGAGGAACCUCCAGCCUACACACCAUCACCUGCACAGCCACCUCCAGCUCAAGAAGACUUACUAAGAAGACAAGAAGAACUAGAAAGAAAAGCAGCUGAACUACAGAGGAGGGAAAAUGAAAUGAAAAAUCUAAAUUAUAAUCCUCGAGCUAACAACUGGCCACCUCUACCCGCGAUGUUUCCUGUAGGCCCUUGUUUUUAUCAAGAUUUCGCAGUGGAUAUUCCACUGGAAUUCCAGAGAACAGUUAAAAUGUGUUACUAUUUAUGGAUGUUCUAUGUGUGUGUAUUGUUUUUGAACUUCUUAGGAGCAUUGGCCUGUUUUUGUGUAGGUGGAAGCGAGUGUGGUAUUACGUUUGGUUUAUCCAUAGUAUAUCUACUCCUCUUCAGUCCGUGUGCUUUUGUCUGUUGGUACAGACCAGUCUACAAAGCAUUCAGGAGUGACAGCUCGUUCAACUUUUUCAUCUACUUUUUCAUAUUUUUCUGUCAAAUCUGUACCUUUGUCUUCUUCGCCAUUGGUAUACAAGGUACAGGGGCGUGUGGCUGGAUUCUAGCCUUUGAUUUGAUAGGAGAGGGCACAAGUGGUGAAGAAGAUGACGUGGGCCAGAUUGUCGUUGGUGUUAUUGUUAUGUUCGUCGGUGUAUUAUUUACAGGGCUGGCUAUUAUAGGUGCCAUAUUAUUAAAGAAGGUACACAGUAUGUAUCGUACAACUGGUGCCAGUUUUGCUAAGGCUCAACAAGAAUUUGCCAGUAACGUAGCUACAAACCAAGCUGUACAGACUGCCACGACGAGUGCCAUGAAGGGUGCUGUAAGCGGUGCAAUGAGUGGGGGAACCGCUCCAAGCGGCAACCGCAUGUAAACAUAUACAUCCGUGGAACAGUUUUGUGUCGAUUCAGAAAAAAUUCGUUGGUCGUGUACAAUGUUUUUUGUAUUGUUACAGACCCUCCCCUGAUUUUUGGUUGAGGAAAUAAAUGUGGCCACAUUGACGGAAUCAAGUUACAAAUGUAGAAUGGACACUAGCAGCAUGUAUUUGAUGUUCCAUACUCGUUUCAAGAAAGCUAGUAAAUCUAAAUUAACCAUAUAUCUGUCAAGUUUUGUAAUAAGUCAUAUAUUAUGUACAUAUAUUCCAGUGUACAUGCUUUUUAUUCAUUAAUAAUGAGUUUCAUAUCAUGUAGUUGAUUCAAAGCUACUGCCACACUCGUAACAAUUCUUUGCUUAAAAAAGAACAACCAAUAAUACCAAACUUAAACAAUGCAAAUCUAUUCUAAAACAAAAUGAUGAUUAUACAUGUUAAUAAUUUCCCCCCGUUUGCAAAGUUGCUGCUCUACUCGAGCACUUGCAGUGUUUUACAAUAAAACUUGUACAUGAUUACAUUGACUAAUCAAGGAUCCUAGAUUGCUUGAAACACCAGGAAAUCAUUUCUAAUAGAUUAAUAGUAAUAAAUAUUCCAGAGUAACCUCAAAGAUUUUCAGAUUCAGAAUGGUAUUCACUAAUAUUACAGAAUGAAUUUAUCUUUUGUAUACUUUAAAUUCCCAUCGUUUGGUUUAAACUUGUCAGCAAUAUUUGGCAUGCAUGGCUAUUGCCCCAUAUUGCUCAGUGUCAUGAUAAAACAAUUGUAAGUAUGUUGCUCUGAUUUGAACGUUGGUGUUAAUUUAUUUUAUUUAAAGCUUUUUGUCUGGUUUAUCUCAGUUACCUGCAGCAUCUGAGAACAGCGUGUAUUACAAUUGUUUUAACUUAGAAAACAAAAUAACAAUCUGAUUUCUUUACUGGGAUAUCAAUAAAUGAAGCGUUUUUAGAAGAAAAAAAAUAGGUGUAUUUAUUAAGCAUUUUGUUUGUUUGAAUUCAAAUAUUUCGAUUGAAGUUUCCAUUUUAGAACUUGUGAAAUUCAAUUUGCCGUCUGUAAGAAAAUUUGAUUACCGUGCAGUGUGUAAUUCUUAUGGUAGAUUGCCAAAAUUAGCGAUAAUGGGUAGAAUUGAUGGCCUCCCCCGUUUUCAGUUUGUUUGAAAGCUUCUAAAUUGCAUAUUUAUGUUUUGUAUAUAUCUAGCAAAAUCUACAUGCAACAAAUUAGGUUUUCUGUAGUAAUACAAUCAGUGUAUUGACUUACACACGUUGAAGACAGUGUAUUUUGGAAGUGUGUGUGGUAUCGGUAACUAUAAUGCCCCUUCUCUGGACAUGAUUGCUUGUUUCUUGUAUGUAGUAAUGUCUUGUUUAACUAUGCCAGUAGAUUUAUGGAGCCGAGAGGAAAAUUUAUUAUUGAGAACUCAUUGUGUGAAAGCUUAGUUUUGUGGUAUUUUGAUAAAACUUCUGCUAUUCUCACUCAAAUAUUGGGAAUUUAGUUCAAGUUGCUGCAUUUCUUCUAUUAGAAGUGUAUGUAAACCAGUAAUUGUAUGUAUUGUAUACUGUAUUAUUGAAAUUUGACUUUUAACCAUAGACACACCUGUCAUUUACGAAAAUGUGUGCACACCUAAUAGAGCAAAUACAGUACAUUUCCCUGGACUGUAUUCAUGAAUUUAUGUAAUCUCAACAUUUUGCAGUACAUCUGGCAUUAUCAUAUUUAUGGAUUGCUAACAAUAUUUAGUACAGAUACAACGACCUGCAAAGGAUAAUGGCUUUUUGCAUAAACCUUCAUGAAAUCGGUCUUCCUUCCUAUUUAAAAUUCUAAAAAUUCACAUUCAUAAUAGUGAAUUUACUGAUCAUAAAAUGUACGUUUUUUUUUCAAAUUUUCUCUCGUUAGAAUUUCACGCUUUGUAUAUAAAUGUAUAACGUAUAUGUUAUGGUAGCACUGUAAACAAAAAACUGUUGGAUUCUUUCAGUAUUUCUGGUAUUUUGCAUGAUAUCAAUGAACAUCCUGUCAAAUUACUUUUCAUUGAAAGACGUAACUGUUUAGCAGGUGCAAAGAUGAGUUAUUUGAUUGUGAAAAAAAAGUGCAUUUCUAGAAUGUUGUUGGGAGGUUGGCAAUAAAUGAACGAUGUUAUCUCUUUUAUAAAA